GGGAGAGGCUGGGGGGACCCAGAGAGGCUGAGGGACAGAGAGAGACACACAGGUAAUAGAGAGAGACUGCUGGGACCCAGAGAGGCUGAGGGACAGAGAGAGACACACAGGUAAUAGGGAGAGACUGUUGGGACCCAGAGAGGCUGAGGGACAGAGAGAGACACACAGGUAAUAGGGAGAGACUGCUGGGACCCAGAGAGGCUGAGGGACGGAGAGAGACACACAGGUAAUAGGGAGAGACUGCUGGGACCCAGAGAGGCUGAGGGACGGAGAGAGACACACAGAUAAUAGGGAGAGACUGCAGUGAAGCACAAAGUCCCAGGAGAUUAGGGAGCUGAGAGGGCAGAGAGCAAUAACUCAGAUUCUAAUAGAAGGGAAAGAGAAGAAUCUCUGUAUAGAAGCCCUGGCGCUGCUGGGUACCGGGGCACAGGUACAGUAACUUGGGGUGUUGGGUACCGGGGCACAGGUACAGUAACUUGGGGUGUUGGGUACCGGGGCCACAGGGGCACUGACUGGCAAUGGACCUUCGGGUGCUGUACCUCAUACAGUUGGGGAGCUGUCUCCUGGGAGUGGGUGCAGGCAGUAACACGGAGGAGGAAGAAGAGGAGAGGCCGGAGGAUGCUCACCCCCCAGGACAUAAGUCUCAUCACUGGAAUUAUCAAGAUAUUCACCAAUGGGAUUCUGAUUAUCCGCACUGUGGGGGUCCGGAACAGUCCCCAAUAAAUGUUGUCACCAGUGCAACCACAUUCGACUCCAACCUGAGGCCGAUUCUCCUGUCUGGGUAUAACGUGCCCCCCAGCCGGACUUUAAGCCUGGAGAACAACGGGCACACAGUUGUCCUGGAUCUUCCCGACAGUCUCCUGAUAAUUGGGGGGCUCCCUCAGACAUACAGGGCCACCCAGUUACAUUUCCACUGGGGAUCCCAAGAUGACCCUGGAUCUGAACACACAGUGAAUGGGCAGCGAUUCCCAGGAGAGAUGCACGUGGUCCAUUAUUCUGCUGAGUACAGCAGCGCUACUGAAGCAUCAACCCAUCCGGGGGGACUCGCUGUGUUGGGCGUCUUCAUACAGGAGGGGGAGGAGGAAAAUCCUGCCUUUCAGAACCUGCUUCCCUACCUGCAGAACAUAACUGAGGAGGGUGAAAGCAUAGAAAUCCCAGGGUUUGAUAUUCGGGGGUUAUUGCCCCAGAGGCUGGACAGAUAUUACCACUAUGACGGCUCCCUCACUACCCCCCCCUGCUACCAGACUGUCAACUGGACUCUCUUCAACCAGACCAUCCUCUUGUCCCCAGAGCAGAUGGACCUAUUGGAGGACACUAUCCAUGCCGACCACGAUCACAUUCUGCAGAACAACUUCCGUGCUCCUCAAAGUCUAAAUGGGCGACUUGUUCUGAGCAGCUUCAGUCCAAAAGUGUCAGGGCGGAGACUUCCUGGGGCAGCCCCCAAUCCUGCCGGCACCUCUCCAGCUCCAGAUAACUCUUCCCCAAAUCACUCAAGUCAAGGUACAGGGGAAAGUGUGGAAGCCUCUCUCAGUACAGGUGACAUGCUGGCCAUUAUAUUCGGGGUGCUCUUCUCUGUGACCUCUGUGGCCUUCUGUUUGUAUGUGAGGAGGAACCGGAGCAGAAAUAAAAGGCUGGGAAAUGAGAACAAAUCCAAUGUUAUCUACAAAGCGGCAACAGCGGAAGACAAUGUGGCUUAAGGCAGAGAUGUGGCCCCUGAUAGCUGGGAGCUGUGCUUGGGGGUGGGGGGCACAUCCACUUGAGGGCCUUCUUCUGUGAGGAGUGAAGGGGGCAGAGUUUUUAUAGUUUUGGGAGGGUCAAUGUUCUGCUUGCAAGAAACAGCAAGUGGGUUUCCUGGGCAUUAAUGUUCUUGGGGGUUUGUGAACACUGUUAGCUGAAUGGGUCGGGGUGUAUUUCCUGGGAGUUGGGGGGUAUUUACUGGGCCAGUAGGGAAGCAGCAAUAUAUCAUUACAAUUCCCAUAUUCACAAAUAUUUCACUAACAGAAAUAAGUGACUCGCUAUGCAGUUCCCCGGAAUGUUUGGGGUCUCGGCAGAAACAAUUGCACCCACAAAUUUAGAAUGUUUUCACCCAUUGUCCCAUUGUAUUAAAUAGGAUUGUCUGUUUCACCAAUAAAACCAAUGAACCACCAACAA